GGUGCAUGGUGCAUCGAGCAGCCCGUGCAUGGCUCAUUGCACCGCCGGAGCACCCCCCCCCAAUCUGCCCCGCUCCUCCCCCUUUGCUCCCCCUCUUGCUGCCCCCCUGCUAACCCUUCUCCCCUCGCCUUGCAGCACCACCCGGGCCCCUGAAGCCGGAGGAUGCCCCUUGGCCAUGCCAGCGCCCCUUAGGAUGCCGCUGCCGCCGGCGCCGGCGCUGCUGCUGCUGCUGCUGCUGCUGCUGGCCCCGGCGGCGCCGGCGGCCGCCCCCACCUCCUGCCCCGCCGCCUGCUCGUGCAGCAAUCAGGCCAGCCGGGUGAUCUGCACCCGCCGGGAGCUGCUGGAGGUGCCAGCGAGCAUCUCGGUCAACACCCGCUACCUGAACCUGCAGGAGAACCACAUCCAGGUGAUCCGCACCGACACCUUCAAGCACCUGCGGCACCUGGAGAUCCUGCAGCUGAGCCGCAACCUGGUGCGCAAGGUGGAGGUGGGCGCCUUCAACGGCCUGCCCAACCUCAACACGCUGGAGCUCUUCGACAACCGCCUCACCACCGUGCCCACCCAGGCCUUCGAGUACCUCUCCAAGCUGCGGGAGCUGUGGCUGCGCAACAACCCCAUCGAGAGCAUCCCCUCGUACGCCUUCAACCGCGUCCCCUCCUUGCGCCGCUUGGACCUGGGCGAGCUGAAGCGCUUGGAGUACAUCUCGGAGGCGGCGUUCGAGGGCUUGGUCAACCUGCGCUACCUGAACCUGGGCAUGUGCAACCUGAAGGAGAUCCCCAACCUGACGGCCUUGGUGCGCCUGGAGGAGCUGGAGCUCUCGGGGAACCGCCUGGGCCGCGUCCGGCCGGGCUCCUUCCAGGGGCUGAGCAGCUUGAGGAAGCUGUGGUUGAUGCACGCCAGGGUGGCGGCGGUGGAGCGCAACGCCUUCGACGACCUCAAGGCCUUGGAGGAGCUCAACCUGGCGCACAACGAGCUGGCCUCGCUGCCCCACGACCUCUUCGCCCCCUUGCACCGCCUGGAGCGGGUCCACCUGCACCACAACCCCUGGCGCUGCGACUGCGACGUCCUCUGGCUGUCCUGGUGGCUCCGCGAGACCGUCCCCAGCAACACCAGCUGCUGCGCCCGCUGUCACGCCCCGCCGCCCCUGCGGGGACGCUACCUGGGCGAGCUGGAGCCCGGCCACUUCACCUGCUACGCUCCCGUCAUCGUGGAGCCGCCCGCCGACCUCAACGUCACCGAGGGGAUGGCGGCCGAGCUCAAGUGCCGCACCGGCACCGCCAUGACCUCGGUCAACUGGCUGACGCCCAACGGGACGCUGAUGACCCACGGCUCCUACCGGGUGCGCAUCUCGGUCCUGCACGACGGCACGCUCAACUUCACCAACGUCACCGUGCAGGACACGGGGCAGUACACCUGCAUGGUCACCAACGCCGCCGGCAACACCACCGCCUCGGCCACGCUCAACGUCUCGGCCGCCGACGCCGCCGCCGCCGCCGCCGCCGCCGCCGCCGCCACCGGCUACACCUACUUCACCACCGUCACGGUGGAGACCACCGACGCCGGCGGCGAAGAGCCGGCCCCGCAGACGGCCCCGGCGCCCACGGCCGGCUGGGAGGCGGCGGGCGGCUCCACGGCGGCCCCGGCCACCCGCGCCACCGGGAAACCCUUCACCGUCCCCAUCACGGCGGCGGCGGCGGGGGCGGGAGGGGGCUUGCAGGACCUGGACGACGUGCUGAAGACCACCAAGAUCAUCAUCGGCUGCUUCGUGGCCAUCACCUUCAUGGCGGCCGUCAUGCUGGUGGCCUUCUACAAGCUCCGCAAGCAGCACCAGCGCCACAAGCACCGGGGCGGCCCGGCGCGGGCCGUGGAGAUCGUCAACGUGGAGGACGAGCUGGCGGGGGCGGCGGGGGGCGCCGGGGGGGGGCCGGCCGGGGACAGCCGGCUGGCGCUGCCGGCCUUGGAGCGCGACCACCUCGACCGCUACGCCGCCUUCGCCGCCCACUACGGCAACAGCGGGGCGGCGCUGGGCUGCGGCAAGAACCCGCUGCUCAACUCCGUGCACGAACCGCUGCUCUUCAAGAGCCCCUCCAAGGAGAACGUGCAGGAGACGCAGAUCUGACCCCCCCCUCCCCCCCCCGUACGCACCCCAAAACUACCCCCUCCCGCCCCGUGCCCCCGCCCCGAAGCUGCCCCCCAUUGCCCCCCCCCCCCCCCCCAGUCCUGGGUGGGGGGCGAUGGGCGGAGAGGGGGGCGAUGGAGGGAGCAGGGAGCGCACGGGGGCGGGCGGUGCAUGGGGUCGGGGCCGAGGGCUGCGGCGGGGGUGGGCGACGCGCAGCUUUUUGCAGCGAAGCGCUUGUGCGGUGCACGGGGGUGGGAGGUGCGCAGGGGGUCGUAGUGAAGCGCUUGUGGGGUGCAGGGGGUUGUGCGACGCACUGAGUUUUGCAAUGAAGUUUUCGUGCAGUGCGCGGUGAGGUGCAACGCACAGGCUUUUUUUGCAGUGAAAAACUGGUGUGGUGCACGGCGUUGUGCAAUGCACCAGCUUUUGCAAUGAAGGACCUGUGCGGUGCACGGCACUGUGCAAUGCACUGACUUCUGCAACAAAGUUCUCAUGCAAUGCACAGUGUUGUGCAAUGCACCAACUUUUGCAAUGAGGUACCUGUGCAGUGUAUGGUGUUGCACAACGCACUGACUUUUGCAAUGAAGGACCUGUGCAGUGCACAGCACUGUGUAAUGCACUGACUUCUGCAAUGAAGUUCUCAUGCAAUGCACAGUGUUAUGCAAUGCACUGACU